GAAAUCGAAAAAUGGCGUUCUGUACAGCUGUGGGUUGCGCAAUUUAUAUGUAAAUGUUUGUGAAAAGCUUAUUCAAUAAAAAUAAUAAACGUAUAAUUAAUAAUCUGAAAUCUGAAAAUGUUCUUUUCACAUGAGUUAAACCGUCAGUAUUGUGUAGUGUUCUAGUAUUUUUCGUAAGUGCAUAUCUGUCAUGGACCGUCUAUUUUUUGUGUUGUGGUGAUGUAUUGGAAUAAUAAAUAAUGAAACGAAAAAUAAUACGGCUGUGCAAAUAAUGAUAAAAUGAUGGCUAUGUUAUGGGUGGUUUUAUUUUUGGCCUCUUCAGGCUUAUACACGGUUAAUGGUUUGCCAAUUGGACCAACGCCGCAAGCCUACCCUCAUGAAUCAAACGGAAUAACCUUGGGAUGGGGUACAGGGGGUGGGCUGUACGCGUUACCAGCGCUGGCGUUGGUGAUCACAGCGGUGGGACUGCUAUUUGGGUGCACAUGGUGCUACCGACACAAGGAUUGUAAACCGAACGAAGGGACCGACAAUCAGUUAUUCACAGCGAGUGCGACGCACCUGCACGAUGCGCGCCGAUCGCAACCUCCCGACUCCGGCUUCUCGGAGCCGGUCAACAACAACAUCAGCGAGGACAACAACAACGGGCCGAUCUCGCUGCGAGAGAUGCAGAACAUCGCGAACAACAACGCGGCGGCGUACAUAAUAAGUGAGAACGAGGAGAGGAAUCGAGUGAGGGACUCGGUGGUGGAGUUCGAGCCGCUCCCGUCCGGGAUACGCGUGCUCGAUCCGCUGGAAAGAUGCGCUGAUUGGUUCGGUGGGGAGGACUUCCCGAGGAGUCAACUACAGUACCUUCGGGAAAUAGGAAGAGGAUGGUUUGGCAGGGUGGUGGAAGGUGAAAUAGAAGAUGGGCCCUCAUCAACAACAGUAGCAGUGAAGAUAUUAAAUCAAAACGCAAGUUUAGAAGACAAGGCGCGGUUUCUGGACGAAGCUAGGAUGUACCGCGACAUUAGCCACGAGAAUAUUCUGCCGUUCGUGGCCAAGUGCCUCACUGAGGACCCUUGGCUGCUGAUGUUCGAGCUGUGCUCUAUGGAUCUUCAACAGUACCUAGAGACGAACCGUCCCAAAAUGGCCAUAUUGAAUGAGAGUGGUGUGCCUCUGCAAUUAAUGUGUGACGUCAGCUCGGGCCUGGCGCAUUUGCACUCAAGAGGAUUUCUUUAUGGCACGCUGUGGAGCGGUACGGUGCUAGUGCGCGGUACGGAGUCGGUGCGCGCGGUACUGGGCCAGUAUAGCGAGCGCGAGCCCGCGCACGAGUGUACCGCGCCCGAAGCGAACAGACACCCGCCGGUGCAUACUGCGCGGAGCGAGGUGUGGGCGCUGGGGGGCGUGGUGUGGGAGGUGUGCGCGUGGGGCGCGCCGCCGCCGCGCCGCCCGCCGCCGCCGCACCUGCCCUGCCCCUACCGCGCGCACCUAUACCAAGUGAUGCAGCUUUGCUGGAAUCCAGUGCCAGAAAACCGGCCUACAGCAACUCAAGUUCACGCGUUGUUAAACCACCUUCAUACGACACACUCGCGAUCAGACAGAGAUGAUUCGCACUUCGAGGAACGCUGGCAGAGACUCAAACCUAAUACCAUUCCCAAAGUAGAUGAACACGUCGCCAUAGUACACGCUCCAUCCACUUCUACAGACUCACAAUUCGGGUCCGACCCAGAAUUCGAAAGCGCACAUACUUUACCAGACUCCCUCAGUGUUGGUGAUACAGCAGUUUCACGAUCCAGCAGCAUCAUGUCCGAUAGAGAUCCUCUUUCGGUACAAAUUAAGUCAGAUAGCCUAACAAACCUCCACGGCUCCUUUGAAGACGUUGGAAAUAUCUACCUGACUCACAACGAAGCGGCCGCCAUGGAUUGCCAUCAAGGUAAUAUCGGCCUAGAAGAAAAAGAGCAAGAUCGCUCUGAUAGCUCAGUCGAUCCGUGGCUGAAAGAUAUAAUCACAGGUAGUCAAGAUGACGUCAGCUAUUUUAAAGACGUAAGCGAUGUAAUAAAGAACCUGGAUAAUAUAUUGAAUUCAGAAAAAACAUCAAGUUCAGAGUCGAGCCAUCAAGCCAGCCCAUCGAGGGAUAAUUUGAGCUUGGAGUGCAAGAAGGAUUACCCGAUGCAAACGAGUCUCGUCAAAUCACCGGGUAUUAGAAAUUUCCAGAAUAUUCUUGAAAUGGGAUUUGAUUCUAAAUCAGAAGAAAACCAAACAUGCGAAGAUGACGUCGAUCGUGAUACGAUAGGCACUUUGAGUCAUUCCUUCGAACGACACAGCGACAGCACCAGCCAGUACACACUAGAAAAUAUAACACCCGAAACGCCAAUUAAAGAUUUCACCACCAACUUUAAUGAAUCUCCUACAAACGAUCAAAAUAUUAGCUUAGUUAAUGAGAAUAAACAAUCUUUGCCUCACGAUAAUGAAUUGCCAAACGAUAGUAAGUUAGAAGAUAGUGAUAUAAAUGUACCUAAGCUGAAGGAAUUAUGUGAAGCCACAAUACCUAGUUUAAGUAAUGGAAUGGGAAAUAAAAAAGACUGUACAUCGCACGAUAGUAAUAUUAACUUAAGGACUGAUACUUCGGAACAAACUAAGUCAGUAGAUAUAAUGCCAAGCGAAGGAAUUGAUAAGUUAGAACAAGUAAUUUCGAUAAGUGAUUCAAAUGUGGAACAAGGUAUAUUACAAAAUGUGGGAAAUGAGGAAAUACCGAUGCUGGAUAAUAAUUCUGAUAAAAACAUUGAUAACGUUUUAGUUACUCCUCUAGUCAGUAAGAAUCUUAGCUAUGUAAGUGAUAGUGAAAUAGAAAAAUCAGAAACGUCAGCACUAAGUGAAGGUUAUAAUAAUUUAGAGUAUAAUGUUUUACAGACACAUGAAGUUGAAAAUAAUGCAAAUAAAUUGCAUCAAAAAGAUAUAGACAUUAAUGGAGGAAAUGUCUCAAUUAAUAAAAUAGAGCCAGAACAUUUACCAUUGAAAUCCGAUGUGAGCAUACAUAUCAAAACAUUUGAUAAAAUUGUUCCUGUGUGUGAUAAAACAGAUACUGCUGAAAAUAAGCAUAUUGUGAUGCCUGAUCAAGUUGAAUCUCUUGAAGCCAAAGCAGAUGAUAUUAGACAUCCAACUUUGACGGACGAAUCAGCUGUCGAAAAAUUUCACUAUAGUCCAUCGAAAAGUGAUCUUUCUAUAGAUAAAAAAGUACUUCCUGAUUAUGGAAACAUUGAAACAUUUUUAAUAACCGAAAGAGAGGCACAAGAAAAGCAAUUUAGUGAAAUAAAUAUCAAAAAACAAUUACUAAAUAUACCAAUAACUGAUAAUGAAAGUGAUGCUUUGAAUUUUGAAGAAUCAUUUCAUAGCAAUAAAGAAAUGGAAUUGAAUGCAGAAAUGCCUGUUCCUGCUAAUAGAAAUAUAAACUUAGUUGAAUGUAAUAACCUUAGUUUAAGUGAAAGCGCUAAUAUACAAAUUGAAAACGACGUCAUACCUAGUGACACCAACAAAGCCAUUGGUCAUGAAAUUAAUCCGCUAACAACUUUGCCAUUAGAUAGUACUUUUCACAGUUCCAUCUCGAAUGAAGAGUUGAUUGAAAAACCACUUGAUAUAGAAAGUGCGCCAUUAUUAGAAGUGAAACAAAUAAACUUAGAAAAUGUAACGAAUAUUUCAGAGCUUCCUGAUUCAGUACAAAUAACUCAUAGUGCAUCCAUUGAUACAAAAAAUGCUAUAGAAUUUCAUGAAAAUAUCAUUAAAUCACAACAUUAUACACCUGAAACAGUACAAAACACUAGUAGCGAAUUAGUUUUAUCAGAUUCCCAAUUUGAUGAAAGUGUAGAGGAUCAAGCAACAGUCCAGUAUAAAUCAUUGCAAUUGGUAAAUGAAAUGGGGCUAAAUGAACAUUCUACAGAGAGUACGGUAUAUAUGGAUUUUUCAAGUAACACAAACAAUGAAAUAUUUCAAAACACAGAAAAUAUUCAUGACACACCGUCGACUUAUAUGGAAAUUUCCAAUGCGGAAUCGAUUGCUUGUGGUAGUGGAAAAAACGAAUCAACGGUUUAUUUAGAUCUCCCAAAUGUGAUCAGAGAAAUGGAUGUCUUUUUGCAUUCAGAAAAGAUUCUGAGUAGUCGAGAUGUCGAAUUUCAAGAUGUGAAUGAAUUAAAAGAUGAGUGUGUAUGUUCGAGUACGCCUCUAGGUAGUAAUAGUUCCGUAGAAAAUGUCAUCGAUGAUACAGCAGAUAAUGAAACACUUGUGGAUGCUGCUAUCUUACCUGAUUACGGUCCAGGGUUAACAUUAACGAAACUGGAACAGAAAAGUGUGCCGGAAAGCUUAAGCCCAUUUGAAUCUCCAACUAAAAGUCACCACACAGACACGUACGACGAAAACAGUUCCGUAGUUUUGGGUCCGUUUGAAAAUUGCACACUGGAGCUAUACAAAGGUUUAAAGUCGGGCAUCGACCUUGUAGAUUUGCCGAAAGAGGAACUGUUAGCAUUCUCAUCGAACUUUAGCGAAAUAAACCUCGAAACGCCAUCUCCACUACGCGAUGGUAACUUUCUGAACGAAGUGCCUGAUUUAUUGCAUGACGAUUUGCAAUACAACGAUCCGUCAACGAGUGAUGCGAAACCGGUUGCCUACGAAUCGCCUGAUAAUAAUACAGAUGAGACGUCGACUACUGAAAAGCGCGUUUCGCCAUCGACUCCACCUAAUUCUCCAGGCAACUUUCUAGCCUCGACGUCUCAGCCAACAUAUUUAGUCGAUACAGAACUCGAUGCGAACGAACCGAUACAGAAUAUUGAUAUAAACGAAAUAGAAAUGGAAAUGACAACUAAGUUGGCCAUGGCUGAAAAUGAAAAUAAUAUGAAUAUUGAAUAUUCCGGACCGUUAGAAGAAGUAGCAUUAGAUGAAACUAUGUCUCGAUCGAACGACGCAUUGCCGGAGUCAUAUUUGGCGGGAAACGGUGGCUCUGUUGAGGACGCGCCGGAGAAUAGCGUCAUUGAUGAGGAGAGAAUGAAGGAAUUACGAAAUGAAUUGGAAUUGAAACUGCCAUUAGCUCAGGUUGCAGGAAUCGAACCGGCCGCGUCAUGGACAGAGUUACCGCCACCGCCAGAGCUGUUGGUGACGUACGGCGCUCUCAGCCCCAUCGCUGAGGAAACUAAGUACCAGCUGUCCGCCUAUGAGAAUGAUGAUAAUUGGAACACGUCAGCACUAACGGAGUCCUCGUCGUCUUGCGGCGAGGCGGCGCGCUCGCCGGGCUCGGGCCCGUCCGCGCCGCACCACUCCACCUACACCGUGUGCUCCGAGCGCUCGCGCACCUACACCCUGCCGCCGGUCACAAUGAGUGCUGACAGUCUUAACGCUAGUCCUUUGAAGAAAGCUCCCGAAAACGUUACGUCAGCGAUAGACGAUCGAACUUACAAUAAAAACGAUGAAGAGAAAGAAUCGAAUUGUGAAAGAAUAUCUCAAGUGUCACCAUUUCUUCUAAGUCCGACAACAGAUACAUCUGCACCUGAUAACUCCGACUUGAAUGCUGCUCUGUCAACGCUCUCUAAAACAACCGUUCCGACGGAUGCCAAGUCUUCGAAGCCUUCUGAAACACAAUGCUUGUCAAAAGCAACAAGCAUCGAUUCGUGGUGUUCCAACGAUACACUUUACAACGUGGAAGAGAACUUCGAUGAUUUAGCCAUGGAUCCAGAUAUUCCAUUAGAUUACGAACCCGAACAAGAUGCUGAGAAGAGUGAAAGCGAGGACACUCUUACUCACAAUGGAGACGAUAAGGAAUUGAGCCAUUGCUCCACGUACAUUGUUCAUGAUAGCAAAUCAGAGGCUUGCGAGACUUUCUCUCCUGAUUCGAUCACAGCUAACGAUAACUAUACUUACACGAAAAUUAAAACAGGCACUACACCUUCAGUCAAUACAGAUCUCAAUGAUUCGACAAAAAACACUCAAACUAAAGAUCUAGCGUAUGGCACGCUCGCUUCCGGGAUGCCGUCAUAUUCUAAUUGCACGACGGAACUCGCGUCUGGUUUUGACGAUACAUGGAAAUUGCCGCAACCAGAAUUAGUGAGAAGAUCACCUAUCCCUGAUGAUGUUAAUUUUACACCACCAAAGCAAAUUGAUGAUAAAAGUAUUGAAUUUGAAAGUCCACAGGUAAUUUUGAAGCCCAGCCUCAAGCAAAUGGAUAGUGUAGAGAUCACCUGUUUGAAUGAGCAAUCUGGAGACAUGGAACAUUCAUUAGUUAUUGACCAUCCUCUUGUGUCGGUCGAAGUGAAUGAUAGUCCAAAUAUUAAUUUCAAAGAUAUGGCGCAUACCGUCACAAGUACACCUGUAACAGAAACAGAAAACGACAAAGAUAAUGUAGAAGCGAUUCCCUGCGACCUCCCAAACUUAAAAGUAGAUCAAAUUGACUCUGAAAUUAGUGUCAAUAGUUUAACAAAUUUCCAAUCUUUUUUGCAUUCUGUUGAAAUCCGACCGCAAGACAUAUCAUCCAAUAACAGCAAGGAAGGCGCAACGAACUCUGAUACGGACAUUUUUGAAAGUGAUAGCAAAAUAUUUAGCAAAAAUAGCAACGCUGACAGCCUUGUUGUAUCGAAAAAGACUAUGUCGUAUUCAGAUUUUGAAAAUUCAGCCGUUACGAAACCUCAGGACAUCCAUUCGAGGCAAAAGUCAAGUCAAAGUAUGGAGAGUGGAGUAGGUUCUGAGGAUUUUCGGAAUUUUGAGACCUCAGUGAGAGAUCGACCGCAGGAUUUAUCAUCUUUGAUCGAUGCUAGUUCCCUCCUACUGAAAAGUGAAAGACGAUCUAGUGAAAUCGCAAUUAACAGCUUUGUUAAUAAAUCAUCUGAGAUACCAGAGGAAUCAACUAGCAAAAUUCCAGUUGAACAAUCGGUGAUAAUCAAUCCAACAUUCACAAGUUUUAGGGAAUCACCAGAUAUGGAUGUUUAUCAAUCAAACAUAUAUAUUACGGACUUAGAUGUUGAGGAUGAAAAUGAACAACCUCACUCCAUUAUCAUAACUGAAAGUCCGUUAUUAGCAAAAUUGAAUGCGAGCAAUAGUUUUGACUCUCACAAAGAAGAAAAUCGAAAAAUGCAUUAUGACUCCCAUUUAAACGAAAGAGAAACAAAACUAUUCGAUAAAAGUUCAAAACUCGAAUCGAAGGUAAAUGGAAUGAACGCCGAAACUAUCCAAAAUAUAGAUGAUAGUGCAAAAUGCAAUGUUUUAACAUCUCCAAGUGGUAACGAAGAAAAAAACAAUCAGGUUGAAACCGAGUCCAACGAAACAAAACAGAUAGAUGCGGUUGAACAUGAAGACCGUAUUAAAUGCAAUGGCGGCAACGAAGUUUUCGCAACUGUAAAUUUUUUAAACGAACCCUUUGAAGAGCUCUUAGAAAGCAAUGUCGAUGAUAAUGAAAGUAACAACGAUUUGAACAAAGAAAUCGGUAGCGAAGUAUCGACUUUGAAUUUGUCAACCAACGAAGCUAAGAGCCCCGAAGAGAAUGAUUCCGAAUUAUAUGUGAAUGUGCAGGGUGUGAAUGGUGAUGCCGAGAGCCAGACUACUACGGUGACGGAGGAUUUUUUACAAAAUGAGAAGAAAUUUUGUCAACUAGACUCGUAUCUGCCUCUCCUGAGUGACAUAAGAUUCACUGGUCCCGGAUCAGAGAUAAUGAGCACAUCGUUCAGCCAAGACUCACCAACGGAGCCUACAUCACCGGAGUGCGACAGAGAGAGCGGGACGGAGAAACUCGACAAACCCACUGACCUGUUGAAAGAGUGGGACAGCGAUACGGACUCGCAUUCCACUAAUUCCUCCAGCGGCGAGUUUAUUUGGAAGGACGGCGACGGUCGCGAGACUGCGCUCGUGCCGACCACGCGCUUCGACCACCAGCGGGACAGUGGGCAGCCAAGCCGCGUGGAGGAUGGGUCGAGGGGCGGAGGCUCCGCGUCGAACGACUCCUGCUCGGGCUCCGGCUCCGGCUCGGGCUCUGAGGGUGACGAGGUGGAGUUUGUGCCCUCCUCAUGGGACUGCCGAGCGGCGCCUUCUAAGUCCUCGCUGAGGAGCUUGGAACAGCCAGCGGACGGCAAGAAGCGCGUGGUGUUCAAGCGGCAGAAGUACCACUGCGUGUACGAGUACCCGCGCGAGGCGAGCGACGAGCUGCAGUCGCCGGCGCACUACCUGCCCGACCUCUCCACUUACUGCGAGUGGGAGCCGUCGAGCGUGGAGGAGGCGGAGGCGGGGUACGGGCGGCUGUUCGGCUCGCCCGCGCCGCUCGCGCCGCUCGACGCGCUGCCGCUGCGCGCCGGCGUCGCCUUCGGGGCCGACUACGACGACGACUUCUUCAUAUCGUCGUCGGCGCGGCCGUUCGAGCUGGGCGUGAUGUCGACCACCAGCCAGUUCUUCCCCGGCAUGCACCUCAAGCAGCAGCUCCUCCCCAAUAUCGUGCUCGAUGAAGAGAAAGAUGAUAAAGUGGAGCCGGUGAAGGGGGAAGGCACCGUGCUCGACAGUGGCGAUGAAGAUUCCGGUAUCGAAAGCAGUUCCAAAGCCACGCUGGAGAGGAAACCGGCCGACGUGUCCUAG